UUCACGUUCGGCACACAAUGUAGUUGCUGCCGAGAUUUCUUCUGCCAUUCUCUUCCUCUCUCUCUCUUUCUCUCUUCGCGAGUAACGCCGUCGUCGGAUGUAAUCGCGACGUGCGCGCACGUAUAUGUAUAAUGUGUUUGUGAGAUGUACGUGUGUAAUUGAGGGUCCACUGUACCUUUUGCAGAAGAGACUUCUGCGCGAGACAACACCGUCAUCAUGGAUGGGAAAGUGUAUACCGAGAAAGUGAAGAAUCCCAGAGCGGGCGCCAACAUCUUCAGCGCCUUGACGUUCUCUUGGAUCCUACGCAUUUUCUGGGUGGGUUACCGCCGAGAUCUUGAAGUAACUGAUUUGUACACACCGCUUAAAGAGCAUACAAGUGGUAUUCUUGGUGUUAAAAUAGCGAAGGCCUGGGAGAAAGAAUGCGAGGCGUACCAGCGCCGGCUGGAGCAGGUCGCGAAGUGCGGGUCGCAGAAGAAGGUCAAGGGGCCCAGCCUGAUGAGAGUCCUCGUCAGGUGUUUCGGCUUGAAGACCCUGCUGUACGGGAUUUUCAUGGCCGUCAUGGAGAUCUUGCUCAGGGUGCUGCAACCGCUAUUGGUGGGCCAGAUGCUGCGCUAUUUUAACACCCUGGAGGUCGACAAGUUCUACGCGUACGGCUGCGCGAUCGGCGUCAUCCUGUGCUCCGCCGUCAACGUGUUCGUCGUUCAUCCCUACAUGAUGGGCAUCCUGCACAUGGGCAUGAAGGUCCGCGUGGCUUGCUGCUCGCUCAUCUACCGCAAGACGCUGAAGAUGACCAGGACCGCGUUAGGCGAGACGACGAUCGGCCAGGCGGUCAAUCUGCUGUCGAACGACGUCAACAGAUUCGACGUCAGUAUCAUAUUUCUCCAUUAUCUCUGGCUCGGUCCCUUGGAGACCAUCAUCAUCACGUACGUUAUGUACCACGUGAUCGGCGUCGGAGUGUCGUCCAUCAUCGGUGUCGCCUCUCUACUGAUGUUCAUCCCUUUGCAAGCAUGGCUAGGCAAAAAGUCGUCGGAGCUGAGAUUAAGAACCGCGAUGAGGACCGACGAGAGGGUGCGACUGACGAAUGAGAUUAUCAGCGGGAUCCAAGCCAUCAAGAUGUACACCUGGGAGAAUCCGUUCAGCGCGCUCAUAGAUAAAGCACGAAGGAAAGAAGUUAGUGUCAUCCGGUGGGCGUCGUAUAUCAGAGGUGUCACCAUGUCGUUUAUCAUCUUCUCCACCAGGAUGUCGCUGUUCAUCACGGUGCUGGCUUACGUACUGUUCGGCUACAAAAUAACGGCCGAGAAGGUGUUCGUAAUAACCGCGUAUUACAACAGUUUACGUACAACUAUGACUGUUUUCUUUCCGCAAGGAAUAACACAGGUAGCGGAAGCGAUGGUGUCCAUAAAACGACUGCAGAACUUUUUGAUGUACGACGAACUGACACCUCCGGAGAUUGAAGCAAAGAACAGCAAGAAGAACGACAAGGAGAACAACAAGGAGAACGAUAAGGAGAACGCGAAGGAGAAGAAUCAAGAGGACGUGAAGGAAAAUAACAAAGAGAACGCGAGGGAAGAUCUGGUCGAGGAGCAGGAGAAGAACGACUACACGAACCAGCCGAAUUAUGCCGAGCACAGCAUCUGCAUCGAGAACGGCAGCACAAAGUGGCUGGACUACGAUCAGGAGGACACGCUGCAGAAUAUCAACAUAAAGGUGCGUCCCGGUGAACUGAUCGCCGUCGUCGGCCAGGUCGGCGCGGGCAAGAGCAGCCUGUUGAAUGUCAUCCUGAGAGAACUGCGUUUGCAGGAAGGCUCCAUUCAGAUUAACGGCAAGAUUGCCUACGCCAGUCAAGAACCAUGGCUGUUCGCCGGAUCGGUGAGGCAGAACAUUCUAUUCGGACGAAAGAUGGAUCAGAUCCGAUACGAUCGCGUGACUAAAGUGUGUCAAUUAAAGAGGGAUUUCAGUCUGCUGCCUUAUGGUGAUAAGACGAUCGUAGGUGAGAGGGGUAUCAGUCUUUCCGGUGGCCAACGUGCAAGAAUAAACUUGGCGAGAGCCGUUUACGCUGAUGCCGACAUAUACCUCAUGGAUGAUCCUUUGAGCGCCGUGGACGCUCAUGUGGGCAAGCACAUGUUCGAAGAAUGCAUCGACAAGUAUCUACGGGGCAAGACUCGGAUUCUCGUGACUCACCAGUUGCAAUACCUGCGCAACGUCGGUAGAAUUAUCGUUCUGAAGGACGGAGCCAUUCAGGCUGAAGGCACUUAUGACGAGCUGGGCUCUAUGGGGGUGGAUUUCGGUCGGCUGUUGGAGAACCAAGCGAAGACGGAUGAGAAAUCCUCUCGACCCCCAUCGGCUCCCGUUAGUCGUAGUAAUUCGCGCACGGCUAGUAUCACAUCGCUGAGUUCUUUCAUGACGAAUGAUACUACUAAACAGGAUGAGCCUGAGGAGGUGGCUGAAAUGCGAACGGUAGGCAAUGUUUCCGGUCAAGUAUACAAGGGUUACCUCAGCGCUGGCGGCAACUGGUGCGUUAUAUUCAUAGUGGCCAUGCUUUGCGUAUUGACACAAUUAGCGGCCAGCGGCGGCGACUUCUUCAUUGCGCAAUGGGUUGAAAUAGAGGAAAACUAUAUGAAUCAAACGAACGAGGGCGUUGUGGAAGACUCGAGGAGCCCUUUGACCCGCUUGCAGUGCAUCUACAUCUUCACCGGCCUGACCGCGCUGACAAUCGGCGUCACUCUGAUCCGCUCGUGGGCCUUCUUCUGGACGUGCAUGCGGGCCUCGAUACGCCUGCACGAUCGUAUGUUCCGCAGCAUCAGCCGCGCCACUAUGCGAUUCUUCAACACGAAUACGUCGGGACGCGUUCUCAAUCGCUUCUCCAAGGACAUGGGCGCGGUGGACGAGAUGCUGCCCACUGCGCUCAUCGACUGCAUCCAGAUCGGUCUGUCGCUGCUGGGUAUCAUCGUGGUGGUCGCCAUCGCGAACGUGUGGCUGCUGAUACCCACGGUGAUUGUCGGCAUUGUCUUUUAUUAUCUCAGAAUCUUCUACCUGGCCACCAGUCGUAGCGUCAAGCGUCUCGAAGGCAUCACCCGCUCGCCGGUCUUCGCUCACCUGAGCGCGACUCUCCAAGGACUACCGACGAUCCGCGCGUUCGGGGCGGAAGCGAUCCUCACGAAGGAGUUCGACAAUCACCAGGAUCUCCAUUCGUCGGCGUGGUACAUCUUCAUCGCGUCCUCGCGCGCCUUCGGCUUCUGGCUGGACGUUUUCUGCGUGCUGUACAUCAUGCUGGUCACGCUGAGCUUCCUCGUGCUGAACAGCUACAGCCGCGGCUCGAUGGACGGCGGUUACGUAGGCCUGGCGAUCACGCAGAGUAUCGGCCUCACCGGCAUGUUCCAAUGGGGCAUGCGCCAGAGCGCGGAGCUGGAGAACCAGAUGACCUCGGUGGAGCGUAUCCUUGAGUACAGCAAAAUGGACAGCGAGCCCCCUCUCGAGAGCGCCCCCGGUAAAAAGCCCAAGUCCGACUGGCCGCAGGAAGGCAGGAUCGAGUUCAAGAACGUGUUCCUGCGCUACGCGCCGUUGGAGCCGCCGGUGCUCAAGAACCUCAGCUUCGUCAUCUUCCCGCGGGAGAAGAUCGGCAUCGUCGGCAGGACUGGCGCCGGCAAGUCCUCCCUGAUCCAGGCGCUCUUCCGCCUGGCCGACGUGGACGGUCUGAUCGAGCUCGACAAGAUCGACACCAGCCAGAUCGGCCUGCACGAUCUGCGCUCCAAGAUCAGCAUCAUCCCGCAGGAGCCGUUCCUGUUCUCCGGCAGCCUGAGACGGAAUCUCGACCCGUUCGACACGUACACGGACGACCCGCUGUGGCGUGCCCUCGAGGAGGUCGAGCUGAAGGAGAUCGGCCUGGAGGCCCACAUCAACGAGGGCGGCUCCAAUCUCAGCGUCGGCCAGCGUCAGCUGGUCUGCCUGGCGCGCGCCAUCGUCAGGAACAACCCGAUACUCGUGCUGGACGAGGCGACCGCGAAUGUGGACCCGCGCACGGACGAGCUGAUCCAGACGACGAUCAGGAAGAAGUUCGAGAAGUGCACGGUGCUGACGAUCGCCCAUCGGCUCAACACCGUCAUGGACAGCGAUCGUAUCCUGGUGAUGGACGCCGGCACCGCGGUGGAGUUCGAUCAUCCCCACGUGCUGCUGCAGAAGGAGACGGGCUACCUGAAGAGCAUGGUGCAGGAGACCGGCAAGGCGAUGGCGGAGGCUCUCGCCGGCGUCGCCCGCGACUGCUAUGAGCGUCGCGCGUACACGGCGCUUUGAUCCGACGCGACGUUAAUUUCACCGCGGUUGCGUGCGACAGACGUCGCGAUAGGCCGCCGCGAAGAUUUCGUCGGUUUUUGCGAGUCGUACUCAGGCAAAAUUCGCGGGGUGUGAAAAACGUGGGAAAAGGUGGAACGCCGCGCAGACGAAAACGUUAGUCCGAGAAUUUUAGAAUUUACUCGUACAAUCGCUAGGAUCCUUUAUGUGUAUCUAUACUCUUACAUGCUUAUCACUGUCUUCUACAUUUUAUAGAAAUUCUGUUCCAUUCUUUCAAUGCAUCGCAUGUGUUUCCCGGAUUUUUUUCAUUUAGAAUCAUCAGUUGAGUGGGACUUUACGAAACUUGAAAAUGAAAGUGUAGAAAUAAGUAUUGUAUAUGAGAGUGAUUUGGAGUUGGGAAAGAAGUUCGGGACGUCAGGAUAUCAAAAAUGAAUCGGCAAAUGAAAUUCAAAAUUAAUGAGGUUAUUAAUUAAGAGAUUAAUUAAGAAAUGUAGAAAAUCUAGGAAUGUCAAAGUUUAGAAGAAUCUAGGAAAUCCAAGAAUCCGAAGCGGAUUUUUGACGGGAAAGGAGAAAAGAGAUGAAUAAAUGUGGAGAAGGAUGAGCGCUUGUGCACGAUCUCGGGAUUUGCGAAUUCGGAAUUUCCACGGAGUUGAAUAUUUAGGGGAAUUUGGAGAUUUUUCGGAGAUUUGGAACGAACCGAGGAACGCCGAGGGAGAUUCGCACGGAAACUGGCGAAACUUUCGGCCGGCGGGACAAUAGAAUUAACAAUCGCUUUUGCUGCACAAGCUGCACGAGUUCCAUCUAGCUGGUCUUUUUUUUUUCUUUUUAAUCACGGAGAUUCUCCGCCACUUCUCGACGUGAAGCGCGCGAUUAUCGCGCGCAUGCCGGUGCAGCGAGCGAUCGGAAAAAAAAAAUCAGUAGAGCUCGCCGCGUGGAUCGCGGCGCAAUCGUAGUUACAGUAUUAUUACGUCACUUUUGCAUCACAGCCCGACCCAGGUAGAUUUUCACCAUCUAGGAAGGAUGAAGCUUAACCCGUUGGAUCACCGAUGUCUCUUACCGUCAGCGAACUGCCAUAGACGCUUUAAGAGGAGAAUUUUUUUGUACAUAUACACGUGUAUAUAUAAUAUAUAUAUAUAUAUAUAUUUUUAGAUAAUUUUUAACAAAUUCGUUCACACAGAAAUACACUAAAAAUAUAAAAUAUUUAGGGUAUGAGUGUAUGAGAAAUGAUCAGAGAUAUGCUGUGGGAAAAAAUGAGGGAUGCCGAGAGAAUAAACUGAACUCUCACGCUCUUUCGUAGUCCAAGAUUCCGCGAAACUUAAUUCCGCGGAACUUAAAUCCCAAGAGAUCCUAAAGCCGGAAGAUUAUUUCCGUGGAUUAUUGAUCGUGAAAUUUUUUAGGGCCACAACUUUUAAUAUCGCCUAUUCUGGAAUCUUGCGACUCCGGGGCUUGAAUCGAACAAGUACGAAAUGUGAUUUAGUUAAUUUAAUUCGAUGUUGAAAUUAUUCGCAAGGACGUUUACCGCUAUACAUCGGUCGGUGAGUCAACGGGUCGAGGGAAUUGUACUUAUUGUUACGCGUACGGAUAAGAUUUUUAUACUCAUUGUAUAUUCCGUAUAAAAUAUGAUACGUAUGUGGAGGGCGUCCGGAAAAAAAAAAAAUCCGAGUCGCAGCAGUAUAGCAGGUCCAUAAUUCGUACGUCCUUGUCGCCUCGCUUUGUCCAGGCCACCCUGUGUGUGCGUAUCUGCGAUUUUUGCAUGGAUUUUUACAAUGUUCCUCCUGUCGCGCUGGUGCUACAGGGAAGUACAAGGAAAACCAAAAAAAAAAGGGGGAAAAGGUGCCUCUGCUCUUAGAUUUAAACGCGAAAGAAGCGCUAACGACAUUAUUUUCUAUUAUUAUUCUCCUACUGUUGUUAUUAAAAUAGCGAGGUGCACUUGAUCCUCGCGUAGAUAAAUGCGGGAUCAGAAAGCAGCGAAAUCAAAGUAGGUACUUAACACCUUUCUCGAAGAUUCGCGUUUUGUAUAUUCGAGAAUCUUUUUUUUUUUUGCCGAGCCUAUAGAAAGUAACAAGGCGAGUGUCCCCGACCGACUGCAUUGUGAAAACUUCGGAACAAGUGAGGGAAUCGUUAGGAUCAACAUCUUGCUAGAUGUUAAACUAAACAAAGAUAUUUGUACCCGCGACUAUAUUUUUUUCUCGGCUCGUAAAUGUAGUUUUUACAAAUUCACUUUUCGUAUCGUUGUUUCUUAUUAUUAAUAUCUUUGUCUACAUCUGUGCGUGUGAUAAUUGUUAGUAUUGAUAAUCAAUAUCAUAGUUUGUCUCUUCUUUUAUUAUCAAUUUGUAUUUGUAUUCAUAUUUUUUUAUUCUUAAUGUUUAUUAGGUUUUCUAAUACAUUAUUCUUUAAUGUGAUUUUAAGUCUUUAAGUUUUUAAAUCUUAAAAAAAUAAGUGAAUAUAAAAGAUUAUCUAAGAAAAAUUGAGAUUGGAAUAUAUAUAUAUAUAUAUUUAAACAAUAAUGCUAAAAAAGCCGAUUGUAAAAACAACGAAGGAAAGUAAAAAGUUUUUUCUUUAAUUUUUCUCUUGUUUGUUUUUAAAUUCAGAGCCGGUCACGAAACGUCGACAUACACAGAAGCGUCGCACAGUUUUUAUGAAAAAAUUAGCCAAAGUCGGCAAAGUCAGCCAAGCAAAUAAUCGGUCGAACUGUUCUCGUUUUAAAUAAAUACGUUGUGUGUCGGAAAAUAAGUUGUGUGAUUCUCGCAUCCUAUCCGCUCAAUCAUCCUGCCCAGGGCAAGAUCCCCAAGAUUUGGUGAAGAUCUGGGUCAACACAGAGAUUUAUUCUCAAUUAAAAAGUUAUUAUAUUACAACGCAGGCCUUCCUAUUUUUAACAUUGUUGCUUAAAUAUAUAUAUUCCAAUCUCAAUUUUUCUAAUAUUUUAUUUAUUCGCCUAUUUUUUUUUAAUUUAAUGUAAGAAUCGCCGACUGGGAAUGUUUUCUAAAUGUUAGGGAACCCUUUAUAAAUUCUCUUUAAAAAGAAUAUUAGGUUAAAUAUAUCGGGCCAUCGUACAUUUUCCUUUCGUACUACAUCAAAUAAAUCGAAGGCAAUCGUAGUCGAUCUGAGACACAUCCCGUAUAUGUACAUCAAUACUAUACAGAAUCGCGUUAAGUUUUUAAUCCAUUUUCUGUUAUGUUUGCAAUCAUUAUUAAUUGACUUCAAGUAGCAUAAUUUUUACAGGAGAGUAUAUUUCUCUUAAAGUUCUGAUCCACUGAGAAGCAUUAAUGUCAUAUAUUGUAUACUGUAGUACAAUUAAGUUAUUAUAUUGUUAUUAUUGUACUACGAUAUACACAAAUGCAAGUAUAUUGUAGUUCGAUUAUAUAUUUUUGUAUUACGAUAUACAAACGUACAGUGUUUGGUUUAAGCGUGUGUACUCAAUUUUUUUUUCAAGUUACAAAAAAAUUUUUCGAAUAAAAAUUAUUCUAACAUUUGCUAAUUAUUGCGAUGAAUAUCACCGCAUGCUUCAGUGAUGAAUUAAUAAAGACUUUAAUGUACGAAAUGUAUAUACAUUCAAGUUUGAAUUCUGACUGAGGUAAUAUUUUUUGCAAUAAAUUCUUUAUUAUUAAAAUGCUUGUCAAUUUAAUUUGUGAUACUACGUACACCAGCUUCGGGCUGUGUUCCAAAAUCACCGCCCAGCUGAUCCGAUAGCUCUGUUGUUAUAUAGAUUUGGAAGCGGAUACGCGUGGCCUACGGUCUUUGUACGUUUAGGUCACGAAAAUAUAACACCAUCCGCCACUUAUUACCUUCCGCUUAUUCGUAUAUAUAAUUAAACCAAACACGCCAGACAUAUAUUGUGCUUCAAUAUUAUUAAAAUCAUGAUUAAAGCGACGUAGGGGACAUAAUUAUUAUUUGAAGCUGUUAGGUUACUAAUAAUAGCAGGAAAAGGAUUAAAAAGGCACGCGAGAGCAGCCACUCACGACGGACUCCAGGGUACAUGUUCCAUAACAUUACACACGAAAAACGCAAUCGUAUUUGUAAUCGUCAUUAUCAAUAUUUAUUAAUGUAUGUAGACAGGUGUAUUGUACUUUUAGGUGAAAACGAAUUACAAUACCUUACAUACAAGUGCCUACAUUAUGUAACGUAAUCAUUGUAAACGAAAUAGAUACAAAUGAUUAUUUAUGUAAUUAC